AAUGCCACUCACUGUCUGAUCCAAGUUAGGAGCUUUCAGCUGCCAGCCGUGGCCCAUUAUGUAAGUGCCGCUGAGAAUUAUUUGCAGUGCCAUUGCAAAACGACCCGUUUCCUGACCGUUUUGCAAGGUGUGCAAUUGUAAUAUUGCUCUUUGCACGGACACACACGGUUUAGACGCAAAAAGGCUCCAAGUGCAUGAAGAUCGCGGCUUGUAUUCCGCAUCCUUGUUGCAAAGCAAGUCGCUGAAGCAAGCUUCGGUGCGAGGGCGAUGGAGGGAGGGAGUGAGAAAGAAGGCAACGUCUCUAGUGCAUCCCCUCCCCCCCAUCAAAGCAAAGGGGAAAUGUCUCAGCCAAAGGGAGGUAAGAGGAAGCCUGGGCUCAAGCUCUCCAAGGAAGUGUUUGAGCAGCCUCCUGCUGCUGCUGCUACACCCCCAAGAGAUUUGGAUUCGAAAGCUUGUGUGACCAUUGGAGAGAAGAACUUUGUGGUGAAGGCAGAUGACCUGGAGCAGAUUGGCGAGCUGGGGAGAGGGGCCUACGGCGUGGUGGACAAGAUGAGGCACAUGCCCAGUGGCCUGAUCAUGGCAGUCAAGAGGAUCCGUGCCACAGUGAACACCCAGGAACAGAAGAGACUGUUGAUGGACCUGGACAUCUCUAUGAGGACAGUAGACUGCUUCUACACAGUCACCUUCUACGGCGCACUCUUCAGAGAGGGUGAUGUGUGGAUCUGUAUGGAGCUGAUGGACACCUCUCUGGACAAGUUCUAUAAGCAGGUGAUAGAAAAAGGCAUGACCAUCCCUGAAGAUAUCCUGGGAAAGAUGGCCGUCUCGACAGUGAAGGCUCUGGAACAUCUGCACAGCAAUCUGUCAGUCAUCCACCGAGAUGUGAAGCCAUCCAACAUAUUGAUCAACACCCAAGGGCAGGUGAAGAUGUGUGACUUUGGGAUCAGUGGUUACCUUGUGGACUCUGUGGCCAAGACCAUGGACGCAGGCUGCAAGCCCUACAUGGCGCCGGAGAGGAUCAACCCAGAGACUAAUCAGAAAGGCUACAAUGUCAAGUCUGACAUUUGGAGUUUAGGAAUCACUAUGAUUGAACUGGCCAUCCUGCGGUUCCCCUAUGACUCCUGGGGCACGCCCUUCCAGCAGCUGAAGCAGGUGGUGGAGGAACCAUCGCCCCAGCUCCCUGCUGACCAGUUCUCCCCUGAGUUGGUUGACUUCACCUCCCUGUGCUUAAAGAAAAAUUCCAAAGAGCGGCCAAACUACCCAGAACUCAUGCAACAUCCCUUCUUCAUCUCCCAUGAAUCCUUAGACACCGACGUGGCUAGCUUUGUCAAGGUCAUCCUCUGGGACUGACGAGCGCCCUGAUCAAACCCAACCCAAUGCUCUGACCAAUGACCACAGGGGAGGCGGACCUACAAAAAAAAGCACCAAUCGCAAACCCUAUUACCUGCGGGACUCCACCCCCUCCCUAGUUCCCGACCCCCUUCCCUUUGGCACAGUGCAGAUGGACAUUAGAGGAACUCAGAGGAACUGAGUGAGGAGUUAAACUUAAGGCCCUUGCAUAUUAGAUAUGGGCAGGCGGCCAAGAUGGGGGAAAUUACUGGAAUUUUCAGUAUUGGAGCACCGGCCCAUAUAUAAUCUGGAUUCAUUUAAAUGUAUAAUAAUAUCUGUAUGAAAUGUAAUUUCCCCCUCUCCUCGACCUCUAAAUUUGUCCCACCCUUGUUACUGUACUAGACCCAGUACUAAAACAUUCAUUGUUAAAUGUUAGUGAAUUAAGCAGCGUGUGGAUUAUGCCCUGUCCUAUACAGUACCACAGCAUGAGUCAUAAUACCCAUAAAACCUAGCGGUCAAACAGGGAAAUGGUUCCAAUCAUUUUUCAACCAUUCAUUUUUCCCCAUUGGGGAUUUUAGAAACACUUAAAAUAAGGGUUGUGUUUGGUGUAGGCUUACCGUGACAUGAUGUUUUGAUAACCUUGUAAAUCUCUGUCAGACGAGGUGUCUUUCAUCAAUAUAUUCGCCUGUAUCUACCCCCCCCCCCCCCCAAAAAAAAAUGAAAUGCUAAUUAGCUGCUAAUGUUGCUAUCAUAAAGAUCUACAAAUGUCGUGAUGAUCUGGACUGCCGAAUCGAGGCAAAGGUAAGAAUCUCUGGAUCACAGGAGGCUGCUGAGGGGAGGCUCAUAAUAACGGCUGGAAUGGCAUCAAACACAAGGAAACCAUGUGUUGAAAACCAUGUGAUGUGGCCUCCCGGGUGGCGCAGUGGUUAAGGGCAGCUGUGACAUCAGGCUCUGUCGUAACCGGCCGCGACCGGGAGGUCCGUGGGGCGACGCACAAUUGGGCUAGCGUCGUCCGGGUUAGGGAGGGUUUGGCUGGUAAGGGAUGUCCUUGUCUCAUCGCGCACCAGCGACUCCUGUGGCGGGCCGGGCGCAGUACAUGCUAACCGAGGCCCAUGGUGUUUCCUCCGACACAUUAGUGCGGCUGGCUUCCGGGUUGGAUGCGCGCUGUGUUAAGAAGCAGUGCGGCUUGGUAGCUACUAAAAUAAUUGGAUACCAUGAAAUUGGGGAGAAAACGGGGUAAAGAAAAAAAUAAGAAAAAAAAGAAAUCAUGUGUUGGAUACCAUUCCAUUAAUUGUGUUUCAGCCAAUACUAUAAACCCAUCCUCCCCAAUUAAGGCGACACCAGCCGCCUGUGCUCUGGAUUAAUGAUCUGAUAUUAGUAAUUAAUAAAUUGGCUACAUUUCUUUAAAUGGGCAAUUCUGUGAAGUGUCUAGUGCAAGUUUUAAAUUGACAAUAAAUGGACAAUACCUGUUAGCAAAGGCGUAUUUUAAUUUAUUUAUUAUUAUGUUGAAUUUUAUUUGAUGUGCAGGAGCAGGGAAUUGUAAUGUGUGUGUUGUCUGCUUUGAUGCUAAUAAGCAUUUGUUUAAAUCUGAAAGUCAUCUUGUCCUAGAGAUAUUUACAUGGUUAUCAUAACGUCACGUCGGGCUAAACUUAUUUUAAGUGUUUCUAAACUCCCAAAUGGGGAUAAAUGAAUGGUUGAAAAACGAUUGGAACCAUUUCCCUGUUUGACCGCUAGGUUUCAUGGGUAUUAGGACACCUCCACUGUGGGUCUCUAUUGGUCAACCCCUGAAAUAUUUUCAACCCCAAUGUAAGAAAACAGAAAACAGUUUUUUAAAAACAAAACAAAAAAACCAACUGAAAGUGAUAUGAAUAUAUCUAUGUAUAAUCUCAAUGUUUGUAUUAUACUCAAGCUCAUGUGUUGUAUUGGUUUACUAAUUCACUGCAUGUACAGAACAUAUAUAAUAUAGAAUGGGACUGGUAUAAGUCGCCUGUGAAAGGACCGAGAGAUUCAGAUUGUCAACUCUCCAGUGGUUCAGCAGUACACAAGUCUGUAAUGGUUUGAGGUCUCAUUCAGAAGUGCAGUGGGUUUGUCAAUGGAAGUUACUGCUCUUUGCUCUCAACUGCUCUCUCAUGUAUAGGUCUACUACACAUUGUGGGCUUUGUGUGUGUGUGUGUUCGGUGUCUCUGUGUGUGUGUGUGUGUGUGUGUGUUCGGUGUCUCUGUGUGUGUGAGGAGUGUGCGUCUGUGUUUAUAUGUGGGCUCCUUCUAUGUGUGUUACAUGGGUUUAAAGUGAAGUAUAUGUGGUCGUUGUGGUCCUAGUCACUUCCUGAAUAUUCUUCACUUCUGAGCCAGUCACAAUACUUUCCCCACUGUUGAACUGGAAUAGACUAAUAGUUAUACUGCUAUUAUUUUUAUUAUUAUUAUUAUAUAGCUUACAUUUAUGUAUACUGAUGAGAUACAGGAUACUGAUAUAUAUUAACUGCUGUUUUCCCUUUGAAAACUUAGUAUUAACAAUAUACCGUCUUAUUUUACUGUGUGUAUGUGCGUGUGUGUGCGUGUGUGAAUGUGUGUGUGUGUAUGUGCGUGCGUGUGUGUGUGUGGUGUGUGUGUGGUGUGUGUGCGCGUGUGUGUGUGUGUGUGCGUGUGUGUGUGUGUGUGUGUGGUGUGUGUGAAUGUGUGUGUGCGUGUAUGUGCGUGUGUGUGUGUGUGUGUGUGUAUGUGUGUAUGUGUAUGUGUGCGUGCGUGUGUGGUGUCGUUCUAGACAGAAUGCUUUAAUGAAUCAGUUACUUAUAACACAAGCCUUAUCUGUGCCUCUAAAAAUAUAGAAAACAAAAUACCUGUUGCCAGGGAAACGAGAUGUUCUGUAUUCAAUAAGGCAAGUCCCCCCCCCCCACCCACACUUUAUUCACUCGGGCAUGUGCCCCUUUCUAUCCAAUGGGGUAAAUUAUGGACAAUAUUUAGGGUGUGCCCCUUUUGGCUCAAGAACACCCCCAGAGGCAAACAUAAUGUACAGUCCUUUAGUUCACUGUUAACUCCUCCACAUUACUCUAUAUAAUCAUCAAAUCUACUCGACCUGCUGAACACUGCAGGAGCAUAUCGACUAGCUUGCAUAGGUUCUAUAAUGGAGCUGUUUUUACACUUACCCUCCUCCCCAUUUUUCUUUACCAUUAAGUUGACCUAUUUGGACUACAAUAUCAUAUUAACUCACCACUUGCAUAGGCUUCAAAAUGUAUUUGUUAGCAUACUCUCUCACCCCUCUCUCACCCCUCUCCACCCCGACCGAACCCAGUCUACUAGAUUGUGUCAGUCGUGUCAGUCUUUGGUUUCACAACUGUGGGAUGAAUAGAGUCUGACGUCUGCAGUGGUAGUUCGAUGUCGUGUCAAAACACAUACAACUCAUUUACAUGAGAUUCAAAAUACAUAACAAAAAUAAUAAUAAUAAUUAAACACUUCUGAAACUGUAGUCUAGUUUGACGGAAGCCUUGGUUGUUGCUUGUUAUUCGUGUGGUGGCUGAUACUGUAUAGAGGUCGACGUCUGUUAUUCUACUGCUGCUUUCUGAGAGUGACUGGCAAGAUGGCUGAUGCUCCUGAGCCUCUGCUAUGAUGGAAGUACUACUGUAAACGUUACGAUGCUUUCUGAGAGUGACUGGCAAGAUGGCUGAUGCUCCUGAGCCUCUGCUAUGAUGGAAGUACUACUGUAAACGUUGCGAUGCUUUCUGAGAGUGACUGGCAAGAUGGCUGAUGCUCCUGAGCCUCUGCUAUGAUGGAAGUACCACUGUAAACGUUACGAUGCUUUCUGAGAGUGACUGGCAAGAUGGCUGAUGCUCCUGGGCCUCUGCUAUUAUGGAAGUACUACUGUAAACGUUACGAUGCUUUCUGAGAGUGACUGGCAAGAUGGCUGAUGCUCCUGAGCCUCUGCUAUGAUGGAAGUACUACUGUAAACGUUACGAUGCUUUCUGAGAGUGACUGGCAAGAUGGCUGAUGCUCCUGAGCCUCUGCUAUUAUGGAAGUACUACUGUAAACGUUACGAUGCUUUCUGAGAGUGACUGGCAAGAUGGCUGAUGCUCCUGAGCCUCUGCUAUGAUGGAAGUACUACUGUAAACGUUACGAUGCUUUCUGAGAGUGACUGGCAAGAUGGCUGAUGCUCCUGAGCCUCUGCUAUGAUGGAAGUACUACUGUAAACGUUACGAUGCUUUCUGAGAGUGACUGGCAAGAUGGCUGAUGCUCCUGAUCCUCUGCCAUGAUGGAAGUACUACUGUAAACGUUACGAUGCUUUCUGAGAGUGACUGGCAAGAUGGCUGAUGCUCCUGAGCCUCUGCCAUGAUGGAAGUACCACUGUAAACGUUACGAUGCUUUCUGAGAGUGACUGGCAAGAUGGCUGAUGCUCCUGAGCCUCUGCCAUGAUGGAAGUACCACUGUAAACGUUACGAUGCUUUCUGAGAGUGACUGGCAAGAUGGCUGAUGCUCCUGAGCCUCUGCUAUGAUGGAAGUACUACUGUAAACGUUACGAUGCUUUCUGAGAGUGACUGGCAAGAUGGCUGAUGCUCCUGAGCCUCUGCUAUUAUGGAAGUACUACUGUAAACGUUACGAUGCUUUCUGAGAGUGACUGGCAAGAUGGCUGAUGCUCCUGAGCCUCUGCUAUGAUGGAAGUACUACUGUAAACGUUACGAUGCUUUCUGAGAGUGACUGGCAAGAUGGCUGAUGCUCCUGAGCCUCUGCUAUGAUGGAAGUACUACUGUAAACGUUACGAUGCUUUCUGAGAGUGACUGGCAAGAUGGCUGAUGCUCCUGAGCCUCUGCUAUGAUGGAAGUACUACUGUAAACGUUACGAUGCUUUCUGAGAGUGACUGGCAAGAUGGCUGAUGCUCCUGAGCCUCUGCUAUUAUGGAAGUACUACUGUAAACGUUACGAUGCUUUCUGAGAGUGACUGGCAAGAUGGCUGAUGCUCCUGAGCCUCUGCUAUGAUGGAAGUACUACUGUAAACGUUGCGAUGCUUUCUGAGAGUGACUGGCAAGAUGGCUGAUGCUACUGGGCCUCUGCUAUUAUGGAAGUACUACUGUAAACGUUACGAUGCUUUCUGAGAGUGACUGGCAAGAUGGCUGAUGCUCCUGAGCCUCUGCUAUGAUGGAAGUACUACUGUAAACGUUACGAUGCUUUCUGAGAGUGACUGGCAAGAUGGCUGAUGCUCCUGAGCCUCUGCUAUGAUGGAAGUACUACUGUAAACGUUACGAUGCUUUCUGAGAGUGACUGGCAAGAUGGCUGAUGCUCCUGAGCCUCUGCUAUGAUGGAAGUACUACUGUAAACGUUACGAUGCUUUCUGAGAGUGACUGGCAAGAUGGCUGAUGCUCCUGAGCCUCUGCUAUUAUGGAAGUACUACUGUAAACGUUACGAUGCGGGAAAAUGGCAAGGCAGAAUAUAAUCUAAUUUCAAUAGUGAAAUGCACAGUUCACUUUUUGUGUGCGUCUGUGUCCUGCUUUUGAAACUUUCAACGGUUCUUUUAGCAAAUGAUUUGCUAUCUUAUUUCAAUGUUGCUUAACGAGAGAACAUUACCAGACCCCCUGCGUUCAACCACCAUCGGAGAGCCCAGACCAUCACCAGACCUACUGCGUUCAACCACCAUCCAAGAGCCCAGACCAUUACCAGACCUACUGCGUUCAACCACCAUCCAAGAGCCCAGACCAUCACCAGACCUACUGCGUUCAACCAUCAUCCAAGAGCCCAGACCAUUACCAGACCUACUGCGUUCAACCACCAUCCAAGAGCCCAGACCAUUACCAGACCUACUGCGUUCAUCCACCAUCC